AUGGGGAAGGGGGGCAACCAGGGCGACGGGGCCCCGGAGCGCGAGGCGCCGCUGCCCACCUUCCGCUGGGAGGAGAUCCAGCAGCACAACCUGCGCUCCGACCAGUGGCUGGUCGUCGACCGCCGGGUCUACGACGUCACCCGGUGGUCCGGCCGGCACCCGGGCGGCCACCGCGUCCUCCGGCACUUCGCGGGCGAGGACGCCACGGAUGCCUUCCGCGCCUUCCACCCAGACCUCAAUUUUGUGCGCAAGUUCAUGAAGCCCCUGCUGGUCGGCGAGCUGGCACCCGAGGAGCCCAGCCAGGACCGCGACAAGAGCUCCCAGAUCACCGAGGACUUCCGGGCGCUGAGGAAGGCGGCCGAGGACAUGAACCUGUUCAAGAGCAACCACCUCUUCUUCCUCCUGCUGCUGGCCCACAUCCUCGCCAUGGAGAGCCUCGCCUGGUUCACCGUCUUCUACUUCGGCAACGGCUGGAUCCCCACCAUCAUCACCGCCUUUGUGCUGGCUACCUCGCAGGCCCAGGCCGGCUGGCUGCAGCAUGACUACGGCCACCUGUCCGUCUACAAGAAGUCCAUGUGGAACCACAUCGUCCACAAGUUCAUCAUCGGCCACUUGAAGGGUGCCUCCGCCAACUGGUGGAACCAUCGCCACUUCCAGCACCACGCCAAGCCCAACAUCUUCCACAAGGACCCGGACGUGAACAUGCUGCACGUGUUUGUGCUGGGCGAGCAGCAGCCCGUGGAGUACGGCAAGAAGAAGCUGAAAUACCUGCCCUACAACCACCAGCACGAGUACUUCUUCCUGAUCGGGCCGCCGCUGCUCAUCCCCAUGUACUUCCAGUACCAGAUCGUCAUGACCAUGAUCGUCCGCAGAGACUGGGUGGACCUGGCCUGGGCCGUCAGCUAUUACGCCCGCUUCUUCAUCACCUACAUCCCCUUCUACGGUGUCCUGGGCGCCAUCCUCUUCCUCAACUUCAUCAGGUUCCUGGAGAGCCACUGGUUCGUGUGGGUCACGCAGAUGAACCACAUCGUCAUGGAUAUUGACCGGGAGCCGUACCGGGACUGGCUAAGCAGCCAGCUGGCAGCCACCUGCAACGUGGAGCAGUCCUUCUUCAACGACUGGUUCAGCGGGCACCUCAACUUCCAGAUCGAGCACCACCUCUUCCCCACCAUGCCGCGGCACAACUUCCACAAGGUGGCGCCGCUGGUGCGGUCCCUGUGCGCCAAGCACGGCAUCCCGUACCAGGAGAAGCCGCUGCUGAGGGCCCUGCAGGACAUCGUCCGGUCCCUGAAGAAGUCUGGGGACCUGUGGCUGGACGCCUACCUCCACAAAUGA